CUCUGUGGCUGCCAUUGUUGAAGUACAUUGGUGCUCUUUAUAGGAUUUGGAGAUAAGACUUUCAUUCCUACCCAGAGUCCCAAGCUUAUCUCUGUGCAGCGGCAAUUUUUUUGGCUAUUAUGAGCAGCAGCCGAUGAUGCAGAGCUGACACCCCCUUUGUCAACUGAGAUGACCCAGAUGGCCACAUCUGCAUAUUGCUCACCCAGAAAGUAAUUAUAUCUGUUCCUGUGUGGGUCUUCCUCAUGUCUCAUAAUCCUUUAUUUUGUGACAUCCUUGCUUCCUCCUUUUUUCCUUUUGAGCUUUAAUGUGCAUUGAAUCCUCCCGCAGCAGUUUAUUUCUCUCUCUCUCUCUUUCUACCACUAAUAGCCACUUUUACAGAGGCUGACUCACUGUAAAUAUUUCUGUGGUUAGUCUAAUAGCGUUUUAUCUUUCUGGGACAAUUGGAGCACUUACAGAGUUUUAUGUCUAUAUUUGCAAAAGUCUGUUUCCCAUAAGCCUGCGGGAAUACGAUGUGAGGUUUUUCACUUAUUCUACAUGUAGAUCUAUUCAAGUCAACUUCUGAAGUAAAAGUAGUAAUACCACAACAAAAGAAAACUGAAAUAAAAGUAUAGAUAUCAGAUAAAUUUAUAUUUAAUCUUUUAAACCACCAAUUUGACCUCUUAAAGUAUUGUGCAAAAGCCACACGUCACUUCUUUAUAUUUUGCUACGGAAAUGGGAAAUAGGUGUAGAGAUUUAUUAACAUUAUUUAUUUAUUAAAAUGUGCAAACAAUGGAUUUAAAAUACAUAAAGGAAAGUAGAAUCUGUAUAAUACUAACAAGCUUGAAAUAUUCAAUAUUUGGUUUGAACGAAUUUAUUCUUUAACAAAGCCUGAACUCUCUCAGGCAGCUUUCUUGCAAUUUUAGUAGUCUUCAGGAAUAUUUCUCCAGGCUUCUUGAAGAUCAUUCAAAGCUCUUCUUUGGAUGUUGGCUGCCUUUUGUUCUGUUCUCUGUCAAGCUGAUCCCACGCUGGUUUAAUUAAUGGUGAGGUCCGGGGUCUGGGGAGGCCGAUCCACAACUGAUGUCAUGUGUGCUUUUACUACAUUGGCAGUGUGUUCGGGAUCAUUGUCAUGCCAAAUAUUGAAGCCGCUUCCAAUCAGACUCUUUCCAGAUGUUAUUGAAUGGUGGAUCAAUAUGUGAUGGUACUUUUCUCCAUCUAUAAUUCCAUCAGUUUUGAUAAUGGUGGUGAUGAUCAGAACCAAAUAUUGAAAUUGUGAUUCAUCAAUUCCAUUCAUCAAUUCAAUACCUGUUGUGAUUAAUUUUCGGUCCACUUCUUGUGUAAUUUGACACACCACAGCCUUUCUCCCUGUUUCCCUUCAAUAAGAAUGGCUUCUUGACACCCACCCUUGCACUGAGAGCUUUUCUGAUGAGACUUCAGUGAACAGCAGAUGGAUUGACUGAAGGCCUAGCAGAUUGGGACGUUGCUGGAUUUCCCCCCCUGUUUCUUAAGGACAUGGCUUUCAGAUACUAUUCAUCUGCUGUACAGAGUAUUUAGCCUCCCACUCGUUAAUCCAAGAAUAAAAAAUAGCCAUCACAGAAAUUGUAAAUGAACAUAAUAGGCGCCCUUUUUAUACUAAGUAGUAAAUAGCUGUCAAAUGUAAUUUUUCCCUCAAAAAUGUUGUAGUUUUAGAUGUUUACAUAAAGUACUUCACAGCUGUUCUUAAGCUGAACAUACUUUUCCCUGCUGAGUGUAAUUUGGAUGUAGAUGUGUUCACAAUUCGUAACAACACAUAAAAAAUAAACUACUCUGUUAAAUUUAAAAUCCCUGCAUUCACAAUAUUUCUUGACCUUAGAAUACUGACAGAUCGACUAUAAAGUCUCUUACUUAAGAAGGAUAACCAAUAAACAGCUGACGAAUAAAAGUAAAUCUUGCUGUGAAAAAUGUAGUCGAGUACUUAAAUACAUUUAAAAUACUUAAAGGGGGAAAAGUAUAUUACAGUAAACUACCCUGUGAUCUAUUUCAUGAUGUAUCAGCCUUCAUAUCUCUCUAGACGAACUCAAGCUCUGGAGUUUAACUGCAGAUUGAAUUAAUAUUUAUUAUUUCUAAAAGGUGUAUCUGCUUCACGUUGUUUGGAUCACAGCGUUCUUUAAGGACUUCAUUCAUUUUUCUUUUAUUUCCUUUAUAAGUCCUCCCCAUUGUUGGUACAAAAAAGGCUUGCCCCUUUUUGCUAUUUAAAUAAAGUUUCAUCAUCCCUCUUUCCAUCACGCGCUCCCUCGCCGCAUUGGUGAGAAGGGAUGACGCGCAUCCUGUACCUGCGAGGGAUGCGUGCGUCUUGCGCCGGCUGGGCAUGCGGCCUUGGGGGAAGGAUGAUGGGGAUGCGGAUGCCAUGGCAACAAGCUGAUUAGAUUCCGACUAUUAUAUGGACAUUUAUUUAUUUAAUAUUUCAUUUGCACGCGCUGGCGGCGCGCUUCUGCGGACGUGUCAGACCGACCUCUGAGUGUUGAGUCAGAAAAGGAAGUAAAUUGAGCCGUAAACUGGACUCCAUCUGCUCUGCACAAUUUCCUGAGGACCAAGGAUCAACAAGUUGCUUUUUUUUUUUUUUUAUUUAAGGAAGGUUUGAAAUUCAUGGGAGCGCACAGUUUUACCUCGGAGCAGCUUUCUUCAUUUAAAUGUAGAGUCUGUAAUCUGCCGUUGGUGCCAUAAGAGGGGAAGGGACGCCGCCGUAUCCCUGUAGACUGGACACAGUGUCAUUGAAAAGUGAAGUGAAGUGCAUGGCAGCGCCUGCAUGUGAGGAAACAUGGAAUGUGGUGCGUCAGGCUGUGAGAACCUCAUCAAGUUAAUUGCGGUAUCAGGUUUUUUUUAUUUUUAUAAAUUAGCUUUUUUUGUAAAGGAGGAAAUCUGUCUGUGUGUCUGACUGCGCUUCAGUCGCGGGUAGAUGGGUUUUCCGUCAUGGUGAAGGUGUUUUUUCCCGCACGGAUACUGAAAAUGACAACGUGUGGCGGACUGAGUGAAAACAUGGGCUAGACCUGGGGUAUUCUGACUUCCUUCCCAGCCGUAUUUGUUCCCGUUUUUCCUGUGUGCAUGUUCCUGGUUGCUGGUCGAGUGCGUGUCCUUAUGAAUCAGUGCGUCUCGGAAUGAGCGCUCGUUUGUGCCUUUUUUCGUGCGUCCUUUCUGUCCGUUAACAACCCAUCCCUCCUAACAGAGUAUCGAGUGUCCUUGUCUUUCAUCCUCGGAUGAAUGUUCCCCAGUCUGACACCUUAGCGCCCAAAACAUCUCUUACAUAAUGAUAUAUGAUGAAAGGGGCAAAGACUGGGAAGGCAGCCUGGACAUAUAGGCUACACGGACAGGACACGGACGGCCAAUGAGCGUCGAGCGCUCUUAUCUACAAUAGACCGGGAAUCCGGUGCCAAUAUGACCGGUGUCGGAGCGUUAAGGGCGACUGUGGAGCGGAGAGGGAGGGCCUCGGGCGGAGAGCAGCGUUUCAAGGACGAGGAAGGAGGACUGGCAGAGAAACAUCUGUAAGGACAAACAAGACUCUUUAAGAAAAGAGGAAAAGUGAAGCUGCAGGCGUCACAGUGAUAGGGGGGGAAUAUUUUUGUCUGGAUGGGGCUUUUUCCAAGGGCACUGAGGUAAGAAUGGCCACAUCCGCGGAAAGAGGGCGGAAGACUCCGGGAGAAUGACUGGAGACUCGCUGCACUUUUCUGUCGCUUCUUCAAUUUAACAUUCAGAGCGUCAUUGACUUUCUCAUCUAUGUAACCUAGACAGGUCGACAGUACUGAAUAGUUAUUCUGAGGGGUGGGGGUCACAGGUUAUAUUGAUCCUCCCCUCACACUCCUUCCCUUCCCUGAGUUGGGAUGGAUGGGGUGGCUGGAGGUGUGGGUACCCCUAGUAGCGCCGGGGGGUCCGGGGGUGACAGCCUGCCCAGGCGUAACGGAGGGGACUCGAAGAGGCGCAGUAAGGGCAGUUUGCCCUCUCCCGGCUACAGGCUGUCCCAGGCCUCGCUGGAGGGAGAAAGGGGCUCCUUUGGGGCAGAUAGCACAUCCUCAGGUGGACGCGGGCGUCGCCUCUCCAUCAUGAGCGCCUCCACCAGGGACGGCCUGCCCUUCCGUACAGCAGGCACUCCAACUACCCCGAUUCCCUUGCCGCCUCCUCCGUCCUCCUGUUCUGGCACAGCCCAUCCUCCUCCGCGAUCAGUAGGCUUCGCCUCCCGUGCAGCCCUGGCCUCUACGUCCUCCACUGGGACCGGAGUCAUGGUGGUGGCCACCGGUGCAGAGACCACCACAACCACAGCAUGCAACACCAAUGCAGCAGGAACCCCUGAGAUGAUGGGUCAGUCUAGCCUGGGUGGGUUUGGCAUGGGAUUGGACGGGGAAGACUACAGCAACUCCAACCAGAGCACCUUCAUCCAGAGACAGUUUGGAGCCAUGCUUCAGCCUGGGGUCAACAAGUUCAGUCUGCGCAUGUUUGGAUCGCACAAAGCUGUGGAACAGGAGCAGGAAAGACUGAAAUCAGCAGGAGCGUGGAUCAUCCACCCCUACAGUGACUUCAGAUUCUACUGGGAUCUUUUGAUGUUACUGCUGAUGAUGGGAAACCUAAUCAUCCUGCCAGUGGGCAUCACGUUCUUUCGAGACGAGAACACUCCUUCAUGGAUCAUCUUUAACGUGGUCUCGGACACUCUCUUCAUGGUCGAUUUGGUCCUUAACUUCAGGACCGGCAUCGUCAAGGAAGACAACACUGAGAUAUUACUCGACCCGAGGGCGAUUCGCCAGAAAUACCUGAAGAGCUGGUUCCUCGUGGACUUUGUGUCAUCCAUCCCGGUGGAUUACAUCUUCCUAAUGGUGGACAGUCUGGACUCAGAGGUCUACAGGACGGCCAGGGCGCUGCGGAUAGUCCGCUUCACCAAAAUCCUGAGCCUGCUUCGGCUCCUGCGCCUGUCCAGGCUCAUCCGCUACAUCCACCAGUGGGAGGAGAUCUUCCAUAUGACCUAUGACCUUGCCAGUGCUAUGGUAAGGAUAGUAAAUCUAAUUGGCAUGAUGCUGCUGCUGUGCCACUGGGAUGGCUGUCUCCAGUUUUUGGUCCCCAUGCUGCAGGACUUCCCUCCUGACUGCUGGGUUUCUAAGAAUGUGAUGGUGAACGACACAUGGGGUGUGCAGUACUCCUAUGCUCUGUUCAAAGCCAUGAGCCACAUGCUGUGUAUCGGCUACGGUGCCCAGGCUCCCGAGGGGAUGACUGAUGUGUGGCUCACCAUGCUCAGUAUGAUUGUAGGCGCCACCUGCUAUGCCAUGUUCAUCGGCCACGCCACCGCUCUGAUCCAGUCACUAGACUCAUCGCGGCGACAGUAUCAGGAAAAGUACAAGCAGGUGGAGCAGUACAUGUCGUUCCAUAAGCUCCCGGCAGAUGUUCGGCAAAAGAUCCAUGAGUACUACGAGCACCGCUUCCAGGGAAAAAUGUUCGAUGAAGAGAACAUCCUGGGAGAACUUAGUGAGCCGCUAAAAGAGGAGAUAGUCAGCUUUAACUGCCGCAGCCUGGUUGCUAACAUGCCGCUGUUCGCCAACGCUGAUCCCAACUUUGUGACCGCCGUACUUACCAAGCUCCGCUUUGAAGUGUUUCAGCCAUCAGACUUCAUCAUCCGUGAGGGCACAGUUGGACGUAAGAUGUACUUUAUCCAGCACGGACGCGUCAGCGUGCUGACCCGUGGCAACAAGGAGACCAAGCUGAGUGAUGGGUCUUACUUUGGAGAGAUCUGCUUAUUGACUCGAGGACGGAGGACAGCCAGUGUCCGAGCAGACACAUAUUGCCGUUUGUACUCUCUCAGUGUGGACAGCUUCAAUGAGGUUCUGGAGGAACACCCGAUGAUGCGACGUGCCUUUGAAACUGUUGCAGCUGACCGACUGGACCGUAUUGGCAGGAAGAACUCCAUGCUCACGCGGAAGUCGUCCCAGGGCGGUUCUCUUGGUGGCAGCAUGGGUCGUGGUGGAGGCCGAGGUGGGGGGGGUCUAGGAGGUGGUGGUAUGACAGCAGGAGGUCUGGGUUCCUGUGACAGCAUGCUGGUGCAGCAGAUUGUUAAACACGACAGCAUGCCAGCCAUGCAGGAUGCCAUCGCAGCCGCUGCUGCCGCUGGAAGAAGUGGCACGGUGUCUCCUCGGCCACGCCCCGUCAUCUGGGCGCCGCUGGUCCAUGCUCCCCUGCAGACUGCGGCUGCAACAAGUAAUGUUGCCGUUGCCCUCAUGCACCAGCAGCAACAGCAACAGCAGCAGCUUCAGCAGCUGCAGCAGCAGCAGCACGCUCUUGGAGGAGCUUUUUACCUGCCCUCCCCUCUCAUCUCCCCCUCUCCCUCCUCCUCUUUCCCUCUUUCUUCUCCUCGUGCUCCUGUGUUGCAGCCCCUUCGCCCCUCUGUGAGCUCUCUCAUUGGGAUGAUGGCGAUGGGAGGAAUAGGUGGCUUGUCGCCAAGAGGAUUUCCUGUCUCCCCCUCAACCAUGGGCCCUCCUGGUGGGGUGACAUCGCCUCCUGUUGCUAAAACUCCACCCACUUCAGCCUCCUCUGUCCCAACUUCUGUCCAACAAGGAAGGAAUCUCCAUUACAGCCUCCGACUUCAGGCAGAUCAUCCCUCAGCGAUUUCUGGAUCUCUUGGAGCCCCAACAGGAGGAGGAGGACCAGCUGCACUUCCCCACAAAACACCAGCCGCCAAUCCGCCUGCCUCCAGUGGCCCAUCAGAUGGCAACACUUCGCUUACAGCUCAGCAAGGGGCAAAAGAGGCUCUGUUACGUCAUGGAGGAAACACUUCACAGGGUCUCCCGGCACUGGGUAGACUCACCCAGGAAGCCAGGCUGCUCUCAGCCUCACAGCCUACCCUGCCUCAUCGCUCUUGGGCUGCAGUGCAGCCUCACCCUCCUCUCCAUCGGAAGGCCUCUGGCGGUAAUUUGCUAGCAGCUCCGUUUCUGGCAGGGCAAUUAGCCAGGGGAAGCAGUGCAGGCCUGCUGACCUCUAAUCCUUCAGUACAGCUGGUGACAAAUAUGCCAUUUAAUGCACAAACACAAGCACAGGGCACAGUUCCUGUCCAGCCCACUAUAGCACAGACUGUAUACACACAGUCUGCAGCUCACACUGCCUCUGCUGCCACAGCUGCACACAUGCCUUCUACAUCGUCUGUGCCAGCAUCUUCCUCUCCUCCAAAGCAUACCCCGCUCUCCUCUGCCACCCCUUCCCCUGCACCCACUCCUUCAUCUCCUACACCUAUUCUUUGCCAGACUCCUCGACCGAAACCAAUCCCAAUGACCCCUUCCCGCUCCUCCUCUCCUCCUCUCUGCUCCACCCCUCCAUCGGCAGGAACAAGCCCACUGUCGCUCUCUUCAAUUCCUCGUCCCAAACCAAUUCCUACACCCUCCUCCCGCUCGUCCUCUCCCUCUCCAUCUUCCACACCACCUCCAUCCUCUGUUUCUACCCCUGUUCCACUACCUCAGCCUUACGGGACCAGAUCCUCACUCACAUCCUCUUCUCCCCCUUCCUCUUUGGUUUCAUCUUCUCCGCCCCACCCCCAGAGCCCAAGAGCGAAGGCAUCCAACACACCACCAUCUGCUUCUCCAUUGUCGGGUGCCAGCCCUGUCUUGACUCCAGUCCCUUCUCCCACUCAAACAACCCGCACCCGAACAUCUACCCCCUCCCAAACGCCUACUCAAGCCAGCACACCGGGUACCCCUACCCAGACCUUCACCCCAACACCUUCCUCAUCUCCCAUCCCUCUUACAUCGGUCCCCUCCCUGAGUAAAUGCCACAGUCCAACACCUUGUCUCCAGGCCUCAGUCUCCAGCUCAGCAAGAGUCCCCACUUCAAGCCAGAUUCCUAAACAGGUCUCACCUCUCACCCCAACCCAAACUUCAACUCUGUCCCAAACACCUGCUAGCACUAACGCUCCAACUAAAGUAACUUUUUCAGUUCAUCCUGUAAAGCAAACAUCUCCUGUCCGAACUCCAAGCUCCACUGCCAAAGAAAUCACAUCCACAGCCUCCUGCUCAACAAUUUUAUGUACAAAUCAGAGCUCCACAAAGUCCCCCUCUCUUUCUACCCCCUCCAGCACCACCAUCACCACCAGCACCUCUCCUUGUGUUCAGCCGGCCUCUUCUAACCCCCCAAAACAAAUACCAAGCACCAUGGCUGCCCCUACCCAGUCCUCAAAACUCAAUACACGUUCCACCCCUGUCCAGACCACACAAGCAUCCACCACUGCACCCACCCAGUCGGCACACGCAGACUCCCCUGCCAAAUCCACCUCUCCUAAAGGUGGACAAAAAGACCCUCAGCUGUCACCGGGCAGAAAAGACUCAGAGGGACUACGACACAAACUGCCCGCCAACAUGUAAAACAUAAAAAAAUUUAAAAAUUUUAAAAAAGAUGAGGAGGAAAACCUCAUAAAAUGUUGGACUUUGUGUUGUGGUGGGUGCCUGAAUAGCAGAGCCUUGGAUAUGCAGAGUUGUGUCAGAGUUGGCACCAGACAAGCCGUGAUUUCACGAGGACAGAUACAUGUUUGCAUUCACUCUAGGAUGUGAUUGUCUUAGAACAUCAGGUGUUCACGUGACUCACAGCCAAGCCAUCGAUCAAGGAUCCAGGAGAAAGACUUUAGGGGUCCUCAGCGGGGUUGAUAAGGCGGAGUCUAAAAAAAACAUCCAAAUGUAUACAUACAUAUCUGUGUUAGUGAUUGUUGGAGCAAGCUGGGGAGCUGAAGUGGAAAUAUGCUGCAGUGUAUCUACACAAUAAAACGGGAAGGAAACAACGUCUGGGAGUCUGGAAAAAAAAAAAAAAAGCUAAUGAAAAA